UACAUCUGGAAAUUAGUCAAUUCAUUAUCAUUCUAUUGUGGAAAGAAAGUAACAGGACUCCUCUUCGCGGUGAACAUAGGUCUAUUUCCAAAGGUAUUUCCAGGUAGCGGUAGCAUUAAAAGGUGACAUGUAUUGGAAGAUUUUGACAGCAGUCCUCUGCUUCUAUGCAGUUGUCCCUGUCCGAGUGUCUCCAACAACAGAAGCUCCCAUCACAACUAUAGAUGCCCUAUCAACAACCACAGCUGCCAACACUACAACCACAGCUGCCCCCACAACAACCAUAGCUGCCAACACUACAACCACAGAUGCCCCCACAACAACCACAGCUGCCAACACUACAACCACAGCUGCCCCCACAACAACCAUAGCUGCCAACACUACAACCACAGAUGCCCCCACAACAACCACAGCUGCCAACACCACAACCACAGCUGCCAACACUACAACCACAGCUGCCAACACUAAAACCACAGGCACAGCAACGACAACCGCAGCUGACAACACCACAACAACAGCUGUCCCAACAACAGCCACAGCUGCCAACACUACAACCACAGCUGCCAAAACCACAAACACAGCUGCCAACACUAUUACCACAGCUGCCAACAUUACAACCACAGCUGUCCACACUACAACCACAGCUGCCAACAUUACAACCACAGCUGUCCACACAACAACCACAGCUGCCAACGAUACAACCAAAGCUGCCAACACUACAACACCAGCUGCCCCUACGACAACCACAGCUGACAACAUCACAACCACAGCUGUCCACACAACAACCACAGCUGCCAAUGAUACAACCAAAGCUGCCAACAGUACAUCCCCAGCUGCCCCCACAACAACCAUAGCUGCCAACACUACAACCACAGAUGCCCCCACAACAACCACAGCUGCCAACACUACAACCACAGCUGCCCCCACAACAACCAUAGCUGCCAACACUACAACCACAGAUGCCCCCACAUCAGCCACAGCUGCCAACACCACAACCACAGCUGCCAACACUACAACCACAGCUGCCAACACUACAACCACAGGCACAGCAACGACAAUCGCAGCUGACAACACCACAACAACAGCUGUCUCAACAACAGCCACAGCUGCCAACACUACAACCACAGCUGCCAAAACCACAAACACAGCUGCCAACACUAUUACCACAGCUGCCAACAUUACAACCACAGCUGUCCACACUACAACCACAGCUGUCCACACUACAACCACAGCUGCCAACAUUACAACCACAGCUGUCCACACAACAACCACAGCUGCCAACGAUACAACCAAAGCUGCCAACACUACAACACCAGCUGCCCCUACGACAACCACAGCUGACAACAUCACAACCACAGCUGUCCACACAACAACCACAGCUGCCAAUGAUACAACCAAAGCUGCCAACAGUACAUCCCCAGCUGCCCCCACAACAACCAUAGCUGCCCCCACAACAACCACAGCUGCCAACACUACAACCACAGCUGCCCCCACAACAACCACAGCUGCCCCCACUACAACCAUAGCUGCCAACACUACAACCACAGAUGCCCCCACAACAACCAAAGCUGCCAACACCACAACCACAGCUGCCAACACUACAACCACAGCUGCCAACACUACAACCACAGGCACACCAACAACAACCGCAGCUGACAACACCACAACCAUAGCUGACAACACCACAACAACAGCUGUCCCAACAGCAGCCACAGCUGCCAACACUACAACCACAGCUGCCAAAACCACAAACACAGCUGCCAACACUAUUACCACAGCUGCCAACAUUACAACCACAGCUGUCCACACUACAACCACAGCUAUCCACACUACAACCACAGCUGCCAACACUUCAACCCCAGCUGCCCCCACAACAACCACAGUUGCCAACACUACAACCAAAGCUGUCCAAACACCAACCCCAGCUGCCAACACUACAACGACAGGCGCACCAAGAACAACCGCAGCUGACAACACCACAUCAAUUGCUGUCCCAACAACAACCACAGCUGCCAACACUACAACCACAGGCGCACCAACAACAACCGCAGCUGACAACACCACAUCAACUGCUGUCCCAACAACAGCCACAGCUGCCAACACUACAACCACAGCUGCCAAAACCACAAACACAGCUACCAACACUAUUACCACAGCUGCCAAAACUACAACCACAGCUGCUAACAUUACAACCACAGGUGUCCACACUACAACCCCAUCUGCCCCAACACCAACCACAGCUGCCAACACUACAAUCACAGCUGCACCCACAACAACCACAGCUGUCCCCACAACAGCCACAGGUGACAACAUUACAACCACAGCUGCUAAAAUUACAAACACAGCUGUCCACACAACAACCACAGCUGUCAACGAUACAACCAAAGCUGCCAACACUACAACCCCAGCUGCCCUCAAAACAACCACAGCUGCCAACGCUACAACCCCAGCUGCCACCACAACAACCACAGCUGUCCCCACAACAGCCACAGCUGACAACAUCACAACCACAGCUGCUAAAACUACAACCGCAGCUGUCCACACAACAACAACAGCUGCCAGCAAUACAACCGAAGCUGCCAACGCUACAACCCCAGCUGCCCCCACAACAACUACAGCUGCCAACACUACAACAACAGCUGUCAACACUACAACCACAGGCGCACCAACAACAACCGCAGCUGACAACACCACAACCAUAGCUGCCAACACCACAACAACAGCUGUCCCAACAACAGCCACAGCUGCCAACAGCACAAACAAAGCUGCCAACACUACAACCACAGCUGCCAACAUUACAACCACAGCUGUCCACACCACAAUCACAGCUGCCAACAUUACAACCACAGCUGUCCACACUACAACCACAGCUGCCAACAUUACAACCACACCUGUCCACACAACAACCACAGCUGCCAACGAUACGCCCAAAGCUGCCAACACUACAACCCAAGCUGCCCCUACACAAACCACAGCUGCCAACACAACAACCACAGCUGCCCCCACAACAACCACAGUCGUUCCCACAACAGCCACAGCUGACAACAUCACAACCACAGCUGCUAAAUUUACAACCACAGCUGUCCACACAACAACCACAGCUGCCAACGAUACAACCAAAUCUGCCAUCACUACAACCCCAGCUGCCCCCACAACAACCACAGCUGCCAACACUACAACCAGAGCUGUCCCCAAAACAGCCACAGCUGACAACAUCACAACCACAGCUGCUAAAACUACAACCGCAGCUGUCCACUUAACAACCACAGCUGCCAGCAAUACAACCGAAGCUGCCAACACUACAACCACAGCUGCCAGCAAUACAACCGAAGCUGCCAACACUACAACCCCAGCUGCCCCCACAACAACCACAGCUGCCAACAUUAAAACCACAGCGGUCCAAACAACGACCACAGCUACCAACACUACAACAAAAGCUGCCAACAUUACAACCACAGCUGUCUACACAACAACCACAGCUGCCAACAAUACAACCAAAGCUGCCAACACUACAGCCACAGCUGCCAACACUACAACCACAGCUGCCAAAACCACUAACACAGCUACCAACACUAUUACCACAGCUGCCAACACUACAGCCACAGCUGCCAACAUUAACAACACAGCUGUCCACACCACAACCACAGCUGCCAACAUUACAACCACAGCUGUCCACACUACAACCACAGCUGUCAACAUCACAACCACAGCUGCUAAAACUACAACCGCAGCUGUCCACACAACAACAACAGCUGCCAGCAAUACAACCGAAGCUGCCAACGCUACAACCCCAGCUGCCCCCACAACAACUACAGCUGCCAACACUACAACAACAGGCGCACCAACAACAACCGCAGCUGACAACACCACAACCAUAGCUGCCAACACCACAACAACAGCUGUCCCAACAACAGCCACAGCUGCCAACAGCACAAACAAAGCUGCCAACACUACAACCACAGCUGCCAACAUUACAACCACAGCGGUCCACACUACAAUCACAGCUGCCAACAUUACAACCACAGCUGUCCACACUACAACCACAGCUGCCAACAUUACAACCACACCUGUCCACACAACAACCACAGCUGCCAACGAUACGCCCAAAGCUGCCAACACUACAACCCAAGCUGCCCCUACACAAACCACAGCUGCCAACACAACAACCACAGCUGCCCCCACAACAACCACAGUCGUUCCCACAACAGCCACAGCUGACAACAUCACAACCACAGCUGCUAAAUUUACAACCACAGCUGUCCACACAACAACCACAGCUGCCAUCGAUACAACCAAAUCUGCCAUCACUACAACCCCAGCUGCCCCCACAACAACCACAGCUGCCAACACUACAACCAGAGCUGUCCCCAAAACAGCCACAGCUGACAACAUCACAACCACAGCUGCUAAAACUACAACCGCAGCUGUCCACUUAACAACCACAGCUGCCAGCAAUACAAUCGAAGCUGCCAACACUACAACCACAGCUGCAAGCAAUACAAUCGAAGCUGCCAACACUACAACCCCAGCUGCCCCCACAACAACCACAGAUGCCAACAUUAAAACCACAGCGAUUGAGCCCUUCUAUCGCAAAGUCUUUAGAAGUUUCAUUCAGCUUUUUGUGUUGCGUUUCAGACGUGGUUCCAUCAUCACAGACUGCAGAAUGGAGUUUGGACUUACUGGCAACGGGACUGCACCCACUGCUAAUUUGGUGAAAGAUGUUCUGGUGGCUGCAGUCAACAGCGGGGCUAUAGGUAUCCGUGUCAAUGCCAGCUCCAUCGUUGUCAGCGGAAUGGAUGCUUAA